AUGGCCAUGGAGAACGACACCAGUAGCGGGCCAUCAAGGAAGCGGCUCAGAACAUCCCACGCAGCCGCUUACUUUCCUGAUGAUAGAUGUGACGGUAAUGCGCCAUGUGCGGCUUGUGUCGCAACUGAAAACGACUGCACUUAUGGAUCCGAAGCCAACUCGAGGGGAAAGAGCGAUCUCAUUCUGGAAGGGGUGUUGCGUGUUGAGAAGUAUCUUCACGAGCUAAAUGCAAACAUUGCAGCAUCGCCACACUUCGUCAACCGCAGUUCUUCUCAUCCUGUGUUGUCACCAGCGAUCGGCUCGUCAGUUGGUAGAAGGAGCUUCUCCGGGGGCUCCUUAACAGACCUGCGCAUUACACCUCGGCCUACCCUCUGUCCACAUCCGGACGAGCUAGACAACGCUAACAACCUGGAGAAUGCUGUUCUCGAAUCACGGCACACUUCUACAACGGAGUCGAUACUACAAUGGCCCCAUUUCGACGUCUUCCCCAGUCUUCGCAAGGACUACACUUCCAUCUUCCACCUUGAGCAGUCUCGUCCUUGCAUCAAGACGAAGAAAGGAAACAUCCAUCCGUACGUGACAGAAGAAGAGGUCGACAGCAUUUUGGAUGCCUUCGCGCAUGCCGUCAACUUCUGGUAUCCUACAACGUCAAGCAAUCAGCUACAGAAUGCUCGGGCACUCAUCACGAACGGAAACUUUGAAGACAACGAUGAGCUCCGCGUCUGCCUUGCUUUACUCGUUAUGGCACUGGGAUGUGCAAGCAAGGUGACGGCGGGCUUGAUGGAAAGCGCUGCUGUCCCUGAGAGCGAACGGAGACGCAGAGCAACUUAUCGUGCAACGGGCGAUAUGUAUUUCGAGAGUGCGCUCAAGAAGCUUUACGUUGCCCACAUGGAUGUCAGCUCCAUGGCCACACAGUGUCUUUUCUUCGUAGCUCUUUACUUUGCCUUCCUUCGCCGUCCCCUCCAAGCAUGGGAGUAUAUCUCCGCCGCAGCCACCAAGUGUCUCCUUCUCCUUUCAUACUCUUACCAAGAUUCCACUUCCGAAGAUCAAGAACGUAUCCGCCGCAUCUUUUGGUCCUGCUACAUCCUCGAAUCGGAUUACUUAGCUGAGCUCUCCAACUUGCCGCUAUCAGGUAUUGCUCGUAUUGAAUCCUCAGUUCCGCUACCAGGUGCAGGGUACAGCACGCAUUCGAACGCCCAAGAGGAGGAGCAGAGCUCUUUGUACUUUUUGGCUUGUAUCUCGAUGAGGAGGCUGCUGAAUCGAGUACAUCAGCUACUGUAUGCGAGGGAAACAGGCGCGAGUUUGGAUGAUAACCGGUUCCCUGGCAUUGUGAAGGAGCUGGAUCAUCAGUUGGAUGAGUGGAGGACUGUGCUGCCAGAAGCCUUUGCUUUCGAGGUUGAGUGGCCGCCAGUCGGUGCGAAGCACAAUAUCAUCGGAUUAAAGACGGAGCAUGGGGGGUUCCUGAGGCAAAGGUAUCUCACUUGUAGGAGUGUCAUCUACCGGCCAUAUCUUAUGUGGAUGCUAAGCAGUUCGAAUGCCGGCUCCAGCCCUGUAACCAGCCCUGUAACCAGCCCAAAUAUAACAGCCGGUGGAUCCCGUGGCAUCCAAGGUCCCCUGGCCUCCGUUCCAGCAAGCAGCACGGCCGUCGGCGUGAACAGUACCACUACCCCAAUGGCAGGCGCAAUGCUCGUUCUCUUGGCCGCCUGCCGGAUAUCUUUGCUCAAAGACCUCAUCAGGCCCGAGAUCCUCCAAGCGGGAAGCCACUUGAGGGAAUUGUUGGUAGGAUGGCAGAAAGUGCAAGGAGAUCCGAGCUCGCCCAGCGUGGAUCAAAGCGUGCAUAUUAUUAAGGAGGCCGAGAGAUUCAUUAGACAGGUCUAUAAGGGUGAGAAGGAUGAAGAGGAAGGCCGCAUUGAGGAGUAAGAUGGCAGCUCGCAUGGACCGCGAAAAGAGGCCGAUCUCAAAAUGACAGAAAG